AUGGUCAGACUGCUGCUACAGCGUGGCGCUGAUGUUGGUGCGACCGUUCACGAGGUGCCGUCCCGGGUACUUGGGAGGUCGGCACUAGAAGGGGCGGCGGAGAACGGGCGGCUCCGCAUGCUGGGUGUGCUGUGGACCGCCGGGCAGUCGGCCUCUGGUGGCUUUCCCGACGAGGAAAUAAUGAGUGCCAUCAAGUACGCCAACCAGAAAGGCCACAAGGGCUGCGCGGACUACCUCGCGUGGCUAUGGGCGACACAAUCUGCGGCAACGAGGGGGAUAUCCGAGGGAGUGCAUGAUUCUGGCACCGAAGAAGCUCACGAUGACCAGGGACGCGGGUGAGAGGCA